UCCCCCGGGCGCAGAGUGGGUGCGAAUGAGCAAUGGCACCAUUUGCUAGGUAUGAGCCUGUGAUCGGAUUCCAGAACGGGGCAUCCUAACAAAGCUCGGACACGCCAGCAGUCCGCGCCCUGAAGUGAGACUCAGGAAGCAGAAUGGGACCGGGGAAUAAUGAGGCACUGGAGGCAUUUGCUUGUGAGCCAAAGUUAUCUACGGAACUAUGGAUGGUACAAGAACUGUCCUUGAUGUUGAGGAGUACCCGGAUACCGAGGUACAGAAAAACCGAGUGCUAACUCUGGAAGAGUGGCAAGAGAAGUGGGUGAACCGCAACAUUGCGUUUCAUCAAGAAGGAGGGCAUCAGCUGUUAAAGAAGCACUUGGAUACUUUUCUUAAAGGCGAGAAUGGACUGAGAGUAUUUUUUCCCCUUUGUGGAAAAGCAGUUGAGAUGAAAUGGUUUGCAGACCGAGGGCACAGUGUAGUUGGUGUGGAAAUCAGUGAACUCGGGAUACGGGAAUUUUUUACGGAGCAGGAUCUUUCUUACUCGGAAGAACCAGUUAUGGAAAUCCCUGGAGCCAAAGUAUUCAAGAGUUCCUCGGGGAACAUUUCAUUGUAUUGUUGCAGUAUUUUUGAUCUUCCCAGAGCAAAUAUUGGCAAAUUUGACAGGAUCUGGGAUAGAGGAGCAUUAGUUGCUAUUAAUCCCGGUGAUCGCAAACGCUAUGCAGAUAUAAUGCUAUCGCUAACGAGAACUGGGUUCCAGUACCUCUUGUCUGUUUUUUCUUACGAUCCAACUAAACACGCAGGUCCACCAUUUUAUGUUCCGGAUGCUGAAAUUAAAAAAUUGUUUGGUUCAAUGUGCAACAUCCAUUGUCUGGAGAAGGUGGAUGCUUUUGAAGAACGACAUAAAAGCUGGGGAAUUGACUGCAUUAUUGAAAAGCUGUAUCUAUUUACAGAAAAGUGAAUGAGACGUAAAUAGAAGCAAGUCAUAUCAACAUGUUUUUGAGCAACUGGAAAUUGUGCUAAGGCACGAAAAUGUAAUGGAUGACUUUUGGGGAAAAAAUUGUUCACAAAUCAUAUCACAGAUCUUUGCUCAAAAAUGCAUAUAACUUUUUAGGGAAAAAAAUAAAACCAUACUUUGGAAAGGAGAGUUUGAUUGGGGGUGAAAGAUUAUCCCUGUAUGUCUUACUUACAGAUUGCAAGAAUUUUUACAAUCAGCAUGUAAUACGUGUAUAAUUAAAAAAAAAAGUAAUGUAAUACAUAUAACUUAAAGAAAUAUAAUAGACAUAGAAAAAUUGGCAUUCUUUAUGAAAUUUAGAACCAUUGAGGAAAUGUAACACUUUAACAGGGUUCAAGGUAAAAGACAGUGAUCCAAGACAUUAUAUAAAACAUUAACUUUUACUAUAAACCCUCAAAUUGUGCUUAAUUCUAGCACCCAUUUUCACACUUUUCCUCCUUAUCUAAUUUUAUAUGUGACAGAAUGAAGAAACAGAUUUUAAAAUUAUUGAAAUUAACCAAUCUAUAUGGAACAAAAUAUUUUUCCCAAACUGUAAAAAUAAAUCUUUUAAAAGUUU